AAGUUAAUUUGUUAUACUGUGCUUGUCUUUGCUUGUUGAUUGCUAAACGUAUCUUUUAUUUAAAGAUAUAUUCUCUUUUCGCUUUAUUCCUCAAGGAGUUGAUCGAGGCUAGCGACGGUCAUGAAUAUGAAUAUGAGUAUGAUGAAUAGCACUGCAUUUCAUGGAACACAUUCAAUGUCUGGACAUGGAACAAACAUGAUGGGAAAUAAUCACUCUGCAACUAUGGGAGGACACAAUAUGCCGGGAGGCCAUAGUGCGAGAGGCCAUUUGGUGGCUUUUGAGUUCAGUUCAAGAGCAAUAAUCCUGUUUAGGGAAUGGGAAAUUGACAGUCCUGGAGGAAUGGUGUGGUCAUGUUUAGUGGUGUUCCUAAUUGCCAUCUUUUAUGAGGGUUUCAAAGUUUUACGUGAAGCCCUGCGAGAAAAAUACCGUAAUUCUAAAUGUUGCAUCGUGGUGAGCAAUGGAAACUGCGUGUCUGGCAAGGUACCUCGUGAUACACCUGUGUAUCAGGGCAGGUUCAGUUUCUGCAAGAAGCACCAUAUCAUCCAAUCUUUUCUGCACAUCAUUCAAGUUGCGUUUAGUUAUUUCCUGAUGUUGAUCGCGAUGACUUUCAAUGGAUGGCUUUUUAUUACCGUGUGUCUUGGAGCUGGUUUAGGUUACUUUUUGUUCAGUUGGAAAGUCCCAAAGCCGACUUACGAUGUCAAUGAACACUGCCUCUAACGUUUCUUCGGCAAAUUUAUCAGUUUCCAUUUUUCUUAUUGAUCAUCAUGCAGUAGGCUAAUAUAAGGACGUUAUUGAUUUAUAUAGAUCUCUUAUAUAAAACUUAUACAGAACUUAUAUAGAUCACUAAGGUCAGCGAUAUGUAGUUCCCAAGCAAAAAAUAUAUUUAAUCUUUUACAAUCACAUCUUGAUGUGGCAAAAUUUACACAAGAAAGCUUUAAAAAUUGUCCCACAUAGAAAAAUGUACCUAUAACUCCAAA